UCGAAAUUAAGGCCGGAAACCAAAUCAAGCGCGAGAAGUAUAGUACACUAUAAUUUGAUUUUGACGAUGAUGAUGAUUAAUGAUUGGCCGGCCGAUUUGAUUUCCACCGCCGCAAACUCCAUCCCUAAACACCGGAUAUUCCUUCCCCUUUUCCCUUCAAAAAUUCAAAAACACUAAUCAAUCCCUUAAUCGCCCAAUCAAAAGCAAAUGAAAUAAAGCAAGCUCAAGAAAGACCUCACUAAUCACGCCACCUAAGCACAUGCCCUCAUGUGCCCACUCAGAAAAUCCCCCCCAUCUCCCCCAAUACCAGCUCUUCUUUAAUCUUAAUUAUUCCACUAACUUCUAGAUUAUACAUAAGUACCAACGUUAUCAACCUAGUUUCAACUGUUGGUCUAGUCGAUGAAAUGGGUUAAGGGUUAAUGUCUAAUUUGGUUUAACCAGAAUACGUGGAAAAACCUAACUAUUAUAUUCUCCAUUAUUUCGAUUCUCAAUAUCGUUCUCUCUCUCAAUACAUUUAAAAACAACUACAUAUGUUCUCUGAGUUUGAUGGGCAGGGUCGAAUUGGUUCGAAUGAAGGACAGAAAAUCAUGAUUCGAACCACCCGUAUCUAUUGUUGAUAAUAAGGUUUAGGCGUUUGGUAACAUUUUUUGAGCGUGUGAAACCCGCUUUAUUAUAUUGGUGCGGGUUUUUAAUUGUACAACCCUUAGAACCCUACCCAACUCAUGUUACAAUUGUUUUCCGAAGUCUUGGUAUCUACUAACAUGUUUGCAUCAUAUAUAAGCAUAUUUGUGAGGAAGCUAAACAAUGGUAUCAUUUUUUCCCCUUAGUGAGACAAGAAAAGUUUUUUUUACUUAAAAGUAUAGUUAACCCGACCCAACUCAAUAUUACAAAAAUCACUGAGGUUCUAAAUUAAUUUGAAUAAAUUUGAGUUUAACAUUUUCAAAAUCGUGAUAUAUAAGUCGGGUGUUCAAAAUGACUAAACCGAACCAACUGACAUUGUCACCACUACAUAGCAGCUAUAUAUGAUGCAUCAACGUAUCUACGGGGUCGCGAUUUGCCGUCGUCGCAAGACGGAUUUCUCCUCCUAUAAAAAAACAGCUCUUUGAAAGUAAUAAAUACACCGUGUCAAAUCUAAAAAAUUCCAGAACUACCACAAUCAUUCAAUCCUUUUGCCGUCGUUGGAAUUAAACCACCGCCCGCCGCCGGGCUGGCAGGCCAACCCAAUUGGCCGGCGUCGCAUCCCCCUUCUUCCCCUCCCUCCACGUGGCUUCUUCUCCCUCAACUUUCCAGGCGAAACCCAACAAAUCACAAAACAAGUCAACUGCCUAUAUAUAUACCCAAUUCCCUCUUCUUCUCUUCAUAACUCCUUUACAACCAAACUCUGCUCUGUUUCUUCUCCAUCUUCCUUUCCUUCUUCAAAAAAAAUCCUCUCCACCAUCAAUUGCUACCCAUGGAGUGGUCUCGAGGACCCGUAAUCGGCCGGGGAUCCACCGCCACCGUCUCCCUCGCAACCUCCGCCGCCUCCGGCCACUUCCUCGCUCUCAAAUCCGCCGAUCUCUCCCGCUCUCUGUUUCUGCAGAGGGAGCAGAGCAUCCUCUCCAACCUCAGCUCCCCUUACAUUGUCAAGUACGUGGGAUCCGGAGUCUCCCACGAGGACGGCGGAACCCCUACCUACAACCUCUGUAUGGAGUACGCCGCCGGCGGGACCCUGCGAGAUGCAAUUCGCCGGCGGGGAGGCCGGAUGGGAGAGGGUGAAAUCGGAGCGGUGGCUCGCCGGGUUCUUAAAGGGUUGGAGUACUUGCACGGGAAGGGUUUGGCGCAUUGCGACAUCAAGCCGCAGAACGUGCUGGUGGACGAGGCGGCGGGGGGAGCUGUAAUUGGGGAUUUCGGGUGCGCGAAGUUUGUUGUUGAAGGAGGGUCUGAGGUGGUGGGAUUUUCCGGUACGCCGGCGUUUAUGGCGCCGGAGGUGGCGAGGGGGGAGGAGCAGGGGCUUGCGGCGGAUGUUUGGGCCGUGGGUUGUACUGUGAUUGAGAUGGCUACGGGGAGGAACCCGUGGGCGGAGCUGGGAGGAGACGACGACCCUGUUUCUGCUCUGUACCGAAUUGGGUUUUCCGGCGAGAUUCCGGCGGUUCCAAGCUGGUUGUCCGAGGAAGCGUCGGAUUUCGUCGGGAAGUGUUUGGUGAGGGAUCCGAGGGAGCGGUGGAGUGCCAGAGAGCUGCUGGAUCACCCGUUCCUCCGCGAAUCGGAAUCGAUUGAUGGAUUCAAGGAGGCAGGGGAGAGGUCGCCGAGCUGCGUGCUGGAUCAGGGGUUUUGGGAUUCACUGGACUGCGGAUUGGAUAGCUCAGAGGAUUUGACCGUUGAUGAAGUCUUCGGAUCGAGAAUUCCAGCUGGUGAUAGGAUCAAGAGCUUGAUUAACAGUGGGGUUUCAUCAGCAUCGAAAUUUUCGGACUGGAGUUCUGAAGAAGAGGGUUGGAUCACAGUAAGAAGUAACGAGUCCGUGGAAAAAGAUGGCAUGUUGGUGGACAGCGAAUCAUCUGCUGUGGAACAAGAUGCAGCAUCUCCGUUCUGGGAUUCAACGAUUCUUGAUUUGGAUCAGGAGGAUGAGAAGGAGGAGCUUGGAUGUUCGGAUGCCGAUGUGGAGUCGCCGGCGGCGGGAUUGGAAUUUGACUCCGUUGAUAACGUUAUUGUUACCAUUAGUAGUAGUGGAGAUGUUAAUUCUGUAGUUAAAACCCAAGUUGAUGAAAAUAGCAACAUUAAUGAUAAUUCAGAUUCUUCAACACCAAAAUCCUUGGUUGCUCCUCGAUCAUUCCCUGCAUCAUAUUCCUUUUUUCCCCGUACGUACAAAUCAAAGCUCAACAGUUGCAAAAACAGGGCAGACCCAAUACCCAAAUAUUUGGCGUAUUGCUCUGUUUUGGUCGAAACAGAGGAAUCCCAUUAUCAUGUCACUUUCAAAAACACAAACCAUAGUAGACUAACAACAAUCUGCAACAGAUUUUUUGAGCAAAACUCAGAGAUAUUUUUAUGCAACUUUGCCUUUAGGUUACCCACUUACUAAAAUGGACUUCAUUUGGUAUAUCACACACACAACCACUUAGAAAAUAACAAAGUCAGAUUCACUAAUAUUUUUUACCCACAUAAUCGAUCGAGAUAAAGUUAGGAUCUUUUCUUGUUACUUCAUGAACAGACUACUUCACGGCCCCAAAAAUCCACAGCCAAGAGUCAUAACCAAGUGCGAACAGCCUUAACAGCCGCAUUUCCUUUUGUUUUCUCCUUUAGCAUUCGAGUCAACCAGAGAAUUACGGAGGCAAUAGAAAUUGAAGCACAAGUUGGAGUUGUUUACACUUUGAAGAGCGACUUUUGGACAGAUCCCAAGGAUGAGUCAAUGCUAGUUUUUUUAGUGAAUUAGGAGGCCAGAGUGUGAACAUCGAAGACCAAAGUCGGUGGUGAAAUUUGGCCCCUCCACCUUUCAAGAACCUGCAAAUUGCAGCAGCUGUAGUAAGUAAAGACGACGAAGACAUUAAGCUGGCGGCUGUUGGGGAGAAGGGUCAAUUGAAAAAAACACAAUUGGGAAGUUCAAUUCAUGUCUGUCUGUCACCACUAAUAUUGAAGCACCAACCACUCUCUCCCAUUCUUCACCCUCGGGCUGCUUGCUAGGCUGUACAGUUGCGGGAGGAACUUUCUGUUCACUCACUAAUCUGUUUCCUGGCAUACUUCCUUUCCAUUUUCAUUAUUGCUCUCCUCCCAACUUCUCUUCUGUGGAAAAUUCCAAAGUUUGUUGGAUAAGAACAGGCUGAUUCUUAUUUUUUCAUCAAUUGUGUUCAUGACCAUAUGUUGAGAUGCUUUGCACUUGUUUAUUUGUGCUAUACUGGUGGUAUUAGUAAGGGGGAUUGGCCGAUUAGGGGGGCGAAGCGCUCGAUUUGGGGCGGUUGGGGUGCAAUGCACGGCUAGCCAGAUAAUGUAUGAGUUUCGUUCAAAUUGGGUUUCUAUCUUCGUCCGUUCUUUUUAUGGUUAAAUGAAGGAUCGUAUGCAAAAUUUUCAAACUCUUUGUAUUUUGUAGCAUGUGUAGUCGCUUAUAAAACAAGUCAAAUAUGUUCUCUCGUGUCUGUAAACCAGCUAGCAAACUUUGUGUUAGUGAUAGUGUGGACCACAUAAGUUUCAUGUGCAUUUACGUUCAAUGCUUUGUUGAUUGCUUGCCCAGACAGAACACCUUAUUCAGACCGUCUCAACUAAUCGCUAAACUAUAGUCUUAGUGGGGCGAGGCGAGGUUUCACUGCUAACAAACUUAUUCCUCGACGCGGUAGUUGAAUUCGCACCGUCAGAUGUGCUCGAAACCUCUAAUAUUGUUCGCAGUAAUCGGCUCGGGGAGUUUAUUUUUCAAUCAUCAAGGACUGGUAAUUUUGCAUGAAUUGUGAAGGAUUUCACGAGCGUUUCGAGAAUCGGUACACAACUCAGAAACUCUUGACCGGUUAAGUGUGCUAUCUUGAGCUAUGGACACAUCUUUCUCUUUCAAAAUUUUAAUUUGAACGUUGGGAUUUGUAGAUUAGUUUGCCAAAACAAAAAGAAAAUGUGUAAAUAUUAUAUAGCAAUUGAGUUUAUAGUGGAGUUAGCUUUUGAUUUCUAUUGGGGACACACUCGGGAAGCAUUUGUAUGUUGUUGUAGUCAUUCAAAUGAUGAAGUUGUUUGAAUCUUUAACACUACUAAUUCAAAUAUUUGAAGUAGUUAUUAUAAAGUUAAACCAGAUCAUGAUCAAUGAAGGGCCAUAAAACUGUGGGAAAGAAACCCAGAAAAGAAGUUUCUUGCAGUACUAUAGUUAAUAAUAAUAAAGUAAUAAAAUUCGAGAUCGUAAGAAAGUUGUAUAAAAUAUUGAUUUUGUGACAUCUUCUCGUAAUUCAAGUUAUUCAUACUAAUUGGUUGUUUGGAUGAUCCGUCGUAUUACAUCAACCUUUUAGUUCUUGUAGAGAUUAAUCCAUCUGAAAAUCAAUAUAUAUCGAUUAUUUGAUUAAUCGAAAAAGUAGUGUUGCUAAUCUACAACGUAUUAUCGGCUAUACGCCAACUGGGAAUACCAUUAGUAAUUAAAAUACUGAUUAGGGACAAUGUUCCUGCCCCUAAACUAAACUUGCACACAACUUCUUUUUUUUUUUUUUUUUUUUGGGUACUUUCUAGGGAAGAUAUAAGUUACCUUCAGUCAUGCCAUGCGCCUUUCCUCCAGGAAUUGUUAAUUUUAAGGGCUUUGGCAGCACACGUCUUCCUCCAAUGAAUCUAAACCCUCAUUAACAAAAAGAAAUGGAAAAACAGAGAACCAGAAAUCCUUUAAGAAGAAGAAACUGCAGGCAGGCAGAGGCAGAGGCAGAGGCAGGAGCUCUUCCUUUUUUUAAUUAGCAUGCGCGCGUUUUGGUCUUUUUGACCUUUUUUUUGGAUGACUCCUCCUUGGCUUUUACAGUGCUCCUUCAACAUGUUCUUCAUCACCUAACCAAUGGGUGAUUCAGUUUUAUUUGAGUAUUUUUUUUCAAACCUUUAAUUUGGAGCUAAUUACCAUUCAAAUGACACAUGUCACAGUUACUUGUUAUUUGUUCUAUGGUAGUAGUACCAAAAAAAUUAUGUUUAGAUGGAUUCUAAGUAGUGGUGUGGUUGAUGUACACUUAAAUAGGUUGUUUUACCGAUUUGUGCUUUUUAAAUUCAUCUCUUUCUCGUUUGGUCAAGAUAUUAAUACGUGCAUAGUUUUAUACAGGGGGGAGCCAGGAUUUGACGAUCGCGGGGGGAGGGGGGCAGAGCUAUUUAGCGUAUAACUAAAAAAAACAAACAAAAAAUUAUUAUAAGAAAAAUUAAUAAUUUAUUUUCUAUUAUUACAAUGACACAAGGAAAACUAUGAGCAAAAAAUUAAUCAUGCAUAUUACCGUCUAGUAUGUUUCUCUGUAUUUUUAUAACUGAAAAUGAAUGUUCACAAGUAUU